AUGGUCUUGAGCUUCAGCUGCUCUGUGAGGAGCGUAAAAAACGCAACUCUGCAGCAUUGCACGCUCACUUUUCUUCGAGUAAAGGGCAAACAACCUAUCUUUUGCGUACAACAACGAGCUAAUAGAGGGAAUCCUCGCAUCAUCAGCAGAGAUUGGUCCAACAUCAUAGAUAUUAGCCCCAUCAGAGAGCCAGAGGUGAAUUGCGCUGCAACUAUCGCUGAAUGGACUGGUCCCUUCUUGUGUACUAUCAAGCAUCACGUGGGUGCACAGCAGCACAGUCCUCUCUUCAAUGGUUGCUGUCAAGAGCCCCACAAAACCGUAGAGGUCCGGCAAUGUGUAUGCGUCUUUCAGCAGAGGGGGGAGGGGCCCGGUAGCCUCUGUCUAUAUCUUCCCAUUGUCAGCGGAUUCGUACACCCUGCGCCGCCACGUGGAAGAAGAGAUUACAGUGACCAUGAGGAGUUUCCCCUCACACUCGAGAAGCGUGGCGAAGGCGCAGUCAUUGGAAAUCGCAGCUUGCUCAGUCAAUUUCCGACUCCUGUCAUCGCUCUCAGUGUAGAUGACGGUGCAGACACGCCUCAUUCCUCCUUUGUGAAGGUGUUUUGUUGCCACAAUAGGAAAGACAAUCGCACUGCCCCCCAACUACAGUGCCUCUGGGCCCAGCAACAGCUUCCAGCCCCUCCUACGAAUGCUACUGCAUCGGCGCGUCAUGCGUAG